CCACCCUUAGUUGCUGCCUCUCCCGCUGAGCGCGGGCAUGCGAGGCCUUCGGUGCCAGGAUUGAGCGGCGAGGAACACGCGGCCAAGAUCGGCGUGUCCAGCCUCGUCUGGGAGUCCGUGCUCGUCGUGGGGCGCGAGGCUGCGGAGCUCUAGGCCGAGCUGGAGGCGGCGGGGCGCGCGGCGAUGGGUGCUCCCGGGCUCCGAGUGGCCGCGGCGGCGCUGGGGCUGCUGCUGUGCGCGGGGUUGGGGCGCGCGAACCCGGCGGGGCGCGGAGGCCACGGGGCGCCGGGGCAGCUCUCGGAGGAAGCUGCUCGGCGCCCGUGCCCAGCCGCCUGCCACUGCCUCGGAGACCUGCUAGAUUGCAGCCGCCGCCGGCUAGUUCGCCUUCCCGAUCCUCUCCCGGCCUGGGUCGCACGGCUGGACCUUAGUCACAACAGAUUAUCUUUUAUCCAGACAAGUUCUCUGAGCCACCUUCCAAGCCUCCGAGAAGUGAAGCUGAACAACAAUGAAUUGGAGACCAUUCCGAACCUGGGGCCAGUCUCUGCAAGGAUUAGACAACUCUCCUUGGCUGGGAACAGCAUUGACGAAAUCCUCCCUGAACAGCUGGAAGCCUUCCAGUCCCUUGAGGCUUUGGACCUGAGCAACAACAAUAUUUCAGAGCUUAGAACUGCAUUUCCACCCUUACAGCUCAAGUAUCUGUGUAUCAACGGUAACCGGGUUAUGUCUAUGGAACCUGGGUAUUUUGACAACUUGGCAAACACGCUCCUGGUACUAAAGCUGAACAGGAACCGUAUCUCAGCCAUCCCCCCGAAGAUGUUUAAACUGCCUCAGCUGCAGCAUCUUGAACUGAACCGAAACAAAAUUAAGAACGUGGAUGGACUCACAUUCCAAGGGCUAGGUGCACUGAAGUCUCUGAAGAUGCAAAGAAAUGGAGUAACAAAGCUCAUGGAUGGAGCUUUUUGGGGGCUGAGCAACAUGGAGAUCCUGCAGCUGGACCAUAACAACCUAACCGAGAUUACCAAAGGCUGGCUCUACGGCUUGCUGAUGCUGCGGGAACUCCAUCUGAGCCAGAAUGCCAUCAACAGGAUCAGCCCGGAUGCCUGGGAGUUCUGCCAGAAACUCAGUGAGCUAGACCUAACUUUCAACCGCUUAUCAAGGCUCGAUGACUCCAGCUUCCUUGGCCUAAGCCUACUAAAUGCCCUCCACAUUGGGAACAACAAAGUGAGCUACAUUGCUGAUUGUGCCUUCCGGGGGCUUUCCAGUUUAAAGACUUUAGAUCUGAAAAACAAUGAAAUUUCAUGGACCAUCGAAGACAUGAAUGGAGCCUUCUCCGGGCUAGACAAACUGAGGCGCCUAAUACUCCAAGGAAACCGGAUUCGCUCUAUUACCAAAAAGGCCUUCACUGGUUUGGACGCAUUGGAGCACCUUGACCUGAGUGACAACGCAAUCAUGUCUUUGCAAAGCAAUGCGUUUUCCCAAAUGAAGAAACUUCAGCAGCUGCAUUUAAAUACAUCGAGCCUGUUGUGCGACUGCCAGCUGAAAUGGCUCCCACAGUGGGUGGCAGACAAGAACUUCCAGACCUUCGUCAAUGCCAGUUGCGCCCACCCUCAGCUGCUGAAAGGGAGGAGUAUUUUCACUGUCAGCCCGGAUGGCUUCGUGUGUGAUGAUUUCCCCAAACCUCAGAUCACAGUCCAACCAGAAACACAGUCAGCAAUUAAAGGCUCCAACGUGAGCUUUACCUGCUCGGCUGCCAGCAGCAGUGACUCCCCUAUGACUUUUGCCUGGAAAAAAGAUAACGAGCUACUUCAGGAUGCUGAGAUGGAGAACUACGCCCACCUCCGGGCCCAAGGGGGCGAGGUGAUGGAGUACACGACCAUCCUGAGGCUGCGCGGCGUGGACUUCGCCAGCGAAGGGAAAUACCAGUGUGUCAUCUCCAACCACUUCGGGUCCUCAUACUCCGUCAAAGCCAAGCUCACCGUGAACAUGCUGCCUUCAUUUACCAAGACCCCCAUGGACCUCACCAUCCGCGCUGGGGCCAUGGCCCGCCUGGAGUGUGCAGCGGUGGGACACCCGGCCCCACAGAUAGCCUGGCAGAAGGACGGAGGCACAGACUUCCCAGCUGCCCGCGAGAGACGUAUGCACGUGAUGCCGGAGGACGAUGUCUUCUUCAUAGUAGAUGUGAAAAUUGAGGACAUCGGGGUGUACAGCUGCACGGCUCAGAACAGUGCAGGGAGCGUCUCUGCCAACGCAACCCUGACUGUGUUAGAGACACCAUCGUUUUUGCGGCCUCUGUUAGACAGAACAGUCACCAAGGGAGAAACGGCGGUUCUCCAGUGCAUCGCUGGCGGGAGCCCACCCCCGAGGCUGAACUGGACGAAAGACGACAGCCCAUUGGUGGUGACCGAGAGGCACUUUUUCGCGGCGGCCAAUCAGCUGCUGAUUAUCGUGGACUCGGAUGUCGGCGAUGCUGGGAAGUACACGUGUGAGAUGUCCAAUACCCUCGGCACCGAGAGAGGCAACGUUCGCCUCAGUGUGAUCCCCACUCCUACCUGCGACUCCCCUCACAUGACUGCCCCAGCCCUGGAUGAUGACGGAUGGGCCACCGUGGGCGUCGUGAUCAUAGCCGUGGUUUGCUGUGUGGUGGGCACAUCGCUCGUGUGGGUGGUCAUCAUAUACCACACAAGGCGAAGGCACGAAGACUGCAGCAUUACCAACACAGAUGAGACCAAUUUGCCAGCCGAUAUCCCUAGUUAUUUGUCAUCUCAGGGAACGUUAGCUGACAGACAGGAUGGGUACGUCUCGUCAGAAAGUGGAAGCCACCACCAGUUCGUUACUUCUUCAGGAGCCGGAUUUUUCUUACCACAACAUGAGGGAGCUGGGACCUGCCAUAUUGACAACAGCAGCGAAGCUGAUGGGGAAGCUACACCCGACCCGUUUCUCUGCCCGUUUGUGGCCUCCACGGGCCCCGUGUACUUGAAGGGGAACUUUUACAGCUCAGAUCCAUUUGAAGUUUAUCUUCCAGGUACGGUUUUCUUCCUCGAACGCAGUUCUGUUUCCUGCAUCUUCUCAAGGUGCCAACUAACUCCAUCCUUUCUGUUGCGGAUCCCAACUCGAAAAGGUUGCAGCUCUGACCCAAGGAUGGCUUUGAUGGACCACUGUGAGGCCAGCUACAUGAAGAAGGACUGCUUCCCCUGUGCUCAUCCUUCAGAGGAGCCCUGUGAACGGAGCCUCGGCAGCAUCCCGUGGCCACACUCGAGAAAGCCCGUGAACCCCACCUACUCUCAGAACGAGGGACCCGCAGUUCAGGCUCUGUGUCUAAACAAGUCCCCCUUGGAUUUUAGCUCAAGUCUGGAACCAGGAUCAGUCACUUCAAGUAACUCUUUCAUGGGUACCUUUGGAAAACCUCUGAGGAGACCGCACCAAGAUGCCUUCCCGAGCUUUGCACAAACACCAGACCGUCAGCCGAGGCCCUCUCAUAAGAAAUCACUUUCCUCGACAGAGUUGGACUCUGAGUCGGAGGAAGAGGAGAGACAAAGGACAGAGUUUCUGGAAGGGAAUCACAGGUGUACUUACCGACAGACGUUAGACACUUACAGGACUCCAGACUGCCAGCCUUGUGACCUGGACACAUAAGACUGGAAGGGACCCAAGAAAAGAUCCCAUAAUACUACCUCAACUGGGCUUCUGUCUUAAAGAGACAGACCCUGUGUUUUUCAAUGGACUUAACAAAG